AUGAACGAUAAAUAUACCGCAAACCCCCUGAAACUGAAUUUGGACAGAAAAUUUGGUAUGUUUUUGCGAAGGAAACUACUCACAAGCUUGCUGAUAAGUAUUGGGCAGCCCACGACCAGUUUCGUCCUUUAUGUAGCUCAUGAAGUGGGCGCAGUCCCAGAAUUUCCAUGCUGUAUUCGAGACUGCUGCUAUACGUCAUAUAAAUUGCGGCGUACUAUUCGGACGAUCGGUUGCAGAAAACAGAUUUUCCUGCUGCAGUUCGUCUUUGAACGUGUGCUGCGGGAAUAUUCAAGGAUUGGGAAUAGCCUAAAAUACCUUCUGUACGUCUAUGAGGAAGCUGUCUUGAAGGACGAGAACCACAAUUACAGGUAUGAUUCUUUGGAGUGCGAUCCAAUCAGCAGCCAUCGCUUGAUGAAAAUUCUAUCAAAAUGCUUGUUCAAAACCCGAAUUUUUGCAUAUCUGAUGUGUCCUUACAAUCAUACCCGUCACAAGGAGACCGAUGAUUACAGAACUUCAAAAGUGGUGGACGCAAAAUUCGCAGAACAGAUAAGAGCUUUUAUGAAUGCGUCUCAUGACAGUUGCCUGGUUGUCCGAGGCAGGUGA